AUGUUUAUUGGUGUGGAGGUGGGCCCCUUUCAGAAGCUCCGUGUCAGCGACAUCGCGGCCGGGUCCGCCCACUCCCUGUGCAUCGCCGGCGAGGGCCACGUUUAUGCCUGGGGCUGCAACGGCCGCGGCGCCCUUGGCCUGGGUGCCCCGCCAUCGGGGCCUCUGCAGGUGGCGCAGCCCCAGAGCCUCCCACACCUCAAGGCAGCGACAGGCGUGGAAGCAAACUCCGGCGGGACCGUCAGCGUGUGCCUGGUCGCCUCGCAUGGUGAUGCCAUCAUGUUCGGCGGAGCUCCCGUCGCCGCGACAGGAGCCGACAGCCGCAACGUCGACAAUCGCUUCUUCACGCCUGGACGCGUCCGCCGGAAGGACCCGGAGUUGUCGGAUGCCUUGGGCCCUGACGAGUGGCAGCUUCAGCGGGGGACGCAGCUGAGCCCUUUGAGAGCAGUCACGGUAAGUGAAAGCAGCUGCUUUGGGAUCGACGGCGAUGGGCUGCUGUGGGCUUGGCCCACGACCUCCCGGCCUGUGACGGGUGACCUGGCAGCCAUCAGCCUCGCGAAGGCGGUGCCACGGCGGCCGAGUGAGCUGCAGGAAGAAGUGGAAGCUGGUGACUUCGUGAUGGUUGAGACGGAUGGGCUUCUGGAUGGGCCUUCCAGGGCACCGCCAUCCCCGGUCUGCGAGGUGGAGGAAGACAGGCCGCACGAGAUCGAAGUAGCUGGGGUUCACGCGGUCGGACACGCAACCAAAGCAGGGACGAUGUGGGCCGUGGAUGACUCAGGAGCCCGCCACCUCUGGCAAUUGAAGCGCCCUUCCAAGCCUGAUGGCAGCUGGGCCGCUGAACGCUUCGAGUACCUGGCGCAGGUUUCCUGUUUCACGUGUGGCCCCGAGAACCAGGCGGCGGUUGUCAACUACAUCGUCCCCCGCUUCGAGACCUCCGAGGACAGCUCCGGUGGGGAGUCCCAGCCCAAAGCAGUGCCAUCUCUGCAGCAGCUUUGCGAAGACAAGCUCUGUGCCAAGCUGAGCCCUCGCUCCUUUGGCCUGGUCUGCGACAUCGCCUGGGAGCUCAACCGCCCCACGCUCCUGGACCGAGCCUUCCGCUUCCUCUGCAGCAACGCGCCCCUCAUGUUCUCCAGGCUCCAUCUGCCCAUGCUCUCACAGCUGCCCAUGGAGGUGCUGGCUGCCUUGGAGGUCGCGGCAAGGGCCAGGCAGCCACAGGCCCACUCGGAGCCGGAAGACUCCGGGGCCGCCGCCCCCGUGGCGGAGGAGGCCGAGGUUUUCGUCGGCUUGGGCGAGGCCUUCGAGGACCGCUUGGGCGACCCGGAGGACGAGGAGGCGCUGAAGCAAAUUCAGGAGUGCUGCCGGAGGGGCCGCUGGUCCACUGCCGCCUCGCAAGCGCUGUCCUUGCUGGCCAUCUCCCUCCCUGGGACUUCUGCUGGAGAGGGGCCCGCGGCUGCGCGAUUGGGUCUGGACUUCUCUGCAACAGAGGUGGAGAGCCUUAAGGUCGAGGAAAAGGCUGAGGGUGAGUCGCGCAAGAGGCGCAAGGCCAGCGCGGGGGCCUCCCCGGCGGUCCAGCAGAAAGCGUCACCAACCUCCUCCAAGACUUCGCCCAAGUCUGCGGCCGUCUCUCCGUUCCUGCAGCCAGAGAGGAGCAGCGUUAGCAGCCCCAGUAUGGAGGCGCAGGACUGGGUGGAGGUGCGCACCAAGCCGCGGAAAGGCAGCCAGGAGCUGGUGGCCUCGCAGGUGAGCCCCAAAGCCAAAGCGGCCGAAUCCCCCAAAGCCAAAGCUGCCGAAUCCCCCAUCUUGGGGGCCAAGGGUGGCCGAAAGGGCGACAUCGGACCCAAGGCCAAGGCCUCAGGCCUCGCCUCGGAGGAAGGCAGCUCCGCGCGGAGCCUGCGCCUCGCGGACUUCAUCAAGCCGCGGGACGCGCGGGAGAAGGGCAAGGGCGGCAAGGGAGGCAGGGCCUCCCAGGCCGCUCCGGCUCCUGAGGCCACGGCCUCGGGGCCCUCCGCGAUGCUCGUCUCCGCGGUGUCGGCGGUGGAGUCUAAGGAGAAGCGGGCCUCUUGGGCGGCCCAAGGCUCCCAGAACUCCGUGUCGCUGCCGGAGAUCAUCGAGGAGGCGAGGCAGGCCAAGACCAAGGCCGCGCAGCGCGCCAAGAUUACCACCUGCUCCUGGGGCCGUGAUGCCAUACCUUCCGAGCAGGCCCCGAACCAGUCCAUCCAUCAGAUCCAGGAGGAGGAGGAGCACAUCCGCCAGCAGGAGGAGAUUGCGGAGAUCGAGGCCAUGUUUGCCGCCUUGGAGGUGGCCGAGAUAGAGGAAGCCCUGGAGCGCGAGGGCGGGAGCACUGGGAACGGCGAGAAGCCCGUGGCCGCCAAGGCGCGCGGCAGCAAAGCUCCUGCCGCCGGGCAACGCUCAGAGGGACUCCCCAAGGCGCGUGGCGGAGAGGGCGAAAGGAAGCACCGGGGAAGGAAUGCUCGUCAGGGCUACAAAUCUGAUUGGUGGUCGCAAGAGUGGUCAAGCUGGGAUUCUGGCUGGUGGGAGUCUGGAAAGCAGACGCACUGGCAGAAGAGGCAGGUCCCCGAGGACAGAGCUGCAGAAGCUGAGGGACCCCAAGCAUAG